AUGGAGUCCCGCCCGCCGCUCCCUCUCCUCCCCGAGCAGAACUUGGACCGCGAGGUCAAGCAGAACAUGGCCGAGCUCUCCCUCUGGACCGUGGUGGCCGCCAUCCAAGCGGUGGAGCGGAAAGUGGACUCCCACGCCAGCCGCCUGCUCAACCUGGAGCGGCGGGUCAUGACCAACGAGAAGAAAUACGUGGACUGCGAGAACGCCGUGGUGGACUUUGGCAACCAGAUGGAGUGCAAGCUGACCGCCCUGGGCACCCUGAUCCAGGAGUAUGGGCUCCUCCAACGCCGGCUGGAAAACAUGGAGAACCUCUUGAAGAACCAGAACUUCUGGAUCCUGAGACUCCCGCCGGGCGCCAAGGGGGAGACGCCUAAGGUGCCCGUGACCUUUGAGGAGAAUGCCGUCUACUUCUCGGAGCAGGAGUGGAGCAACCUGGAGGAAUGGCAGAAGGAACUCUACAAGAACGUGAUGAAGAGCAACUACGAGUCGCUGGUCUCCUUGGACUAUGCCAUCGCUAAACCGGAUCUCCUUUCCCGGAUCGAGCAAGGCGAACGUCCCUGCGCCGAGGAAGAGGAGGCAGCGACGACGGACAGGGUGAUAACUUCAGAGCCCAGCCCAGAAAUCCUAGUUUUUAGACCCUGCCUCUCCUCCCCACCGGAAGAAGGGGGUCACGCGCAUGGGGGCCGAGAAGGGGAACCCAGGGAAGGACGGAGGGUCCCACAGAUGCCCAGCGUCGACGACGGAGUCGCCCAGACGUCCUUCGGCUCCCAACGGAAGCGAGAUCUGGAGGGGAACGCGGAGGGCCCGGACCUCUCGGAGAAAAGCGAGCUGCACCUCCCGCCGAGCAUGGAUGACGGGCUGGCCUUCAAAGCCGAGGUUCUCCAAGCUCAGCGAGCGCUGUGCGAAAGCUUGGGGCUCAAAUGCACGGACGAGACGCUCCUCCACACUCACCCGCAAGCAGCCUCCGUCGGCAGCCGCUACUCCGCAUUUGUGCAGCAGCGAAGGCACGCCGAGAAUCCCGGACCAGAAGAAGAAGAAGCCUUGCCCGGCGAAGGUGGUUUUGGCCCUAGUGGCGGUCUGACCAUCCCGACGGAGCCCCGCCACUGCCCGGAGGACAAAAUGUUUGCUUGUCCUGAUUGCGGGAAACGCUUCCGCCUUUACAAAAGCCUGGCGUCUCACCAGAAAAGCCACGGCGCCCCGCCGGCGUCCUGCGAAAAGAGCUUCACCUACAAGCAGCAGUUCACCCUGCACCAGCAUAUCCACACCGGGGGCGGCGGGUACACCUCGGUGGCCUGCGCAGAGACCUUCAAGCAAAGCCAUAAUUUGAAGCCCCUCCCUCGGGGGCCGGGUGCGGACAAGCCAUACGGCGGCGCCAAGUGUGUGAAGACCUUCAACGUCAAGUCCUCCUAUCGGCAGCACCCCAAGGGUCAUGGGCGCGAGCGGCCAUAUCGCUGUAACCGGUGCCCGGAGAGCUUCUCCCAAAAGAAGAGCCUCGUCACGCAUCAGCGGCUGCAUUCCGGGCGCGGCGGCAGCUCCCUGGCCUGCCUCUACUGCGGCAAGAACUUCAGCCAUCCCUCGGACCUUGUCCGGCAUCAACGCAUCCACACCGGAGAGAGGCCCUACCGUUGCGACGAAUGUGAUAAAAGUUUCACCCAGAAACAGCAUCUUCUCCAACAUCAGAAAAUCCACCUUCGGGAGCAGAACAGGCUGAUGGCCCUUGCGACAAAUCACGUCUUAAUCAAAACGGAGCCAGAGGAUGACUCGGAAGGCCAUGAGACCUGGAUGAUGCCGGGAGAGACAUUCGUGGAAAGGAUUAUAAAGAAAGAAGAGGAUUUCGAUUCCUGUCUGUGGCCGAGAGACACUCCAGAGGAAACGGCCAGUGCCAACGAGGGCAGUCCAUCGGAAGACGUCCACCGCAACUGCCAGAUUGGCCGCCAAGAGCAGCCGCAAAGUUACGGCGGUCUCACCUCUCCGGGACGAAAUCUCUCCUCCCCGCUCAUGAAUGGAAGCCCCCUGAUGCCCCCUCAAGAGACGGGACAUCAGCCGGGAGAGGAGCUGUGGGCUUGCCCCCUGUGCCACCAACGCUUCCGGCUCCACGUCCACCUGCUGCUCCAUCAGAACACCCACCGGGAAGCGCCAGCUGAGCCCGUCCCCAAGGACCUGCUGGGCUGCCCCUACUGUCCCCGGCGUUUCAGCCGCUCGGACCACUUGCUCCGUCACCAGAUGAGCCACACGGGCGCCCGGCCUCACCAGUGUCCGGCCUGCGAGAAGAGCUUCACGGACAAAAGCAAACUGACCAAUCACUUCCGGACCCACACGGGAGAGCGCCCCUUCCACUGCACGGACUGCGGGAAGCACUUCGUCCGCCGGCAUCACCUGGCCAAGCAUCAGCGCACCCACACGCGGGAGCGGCCCCACCAGUGCCCGCUCUGCCCGAAGAGUUUCAUGCAGAAGCACCACCUGCAGAAGCACCUCCGCACCCAUACGGGGGAGAAGCCCUACAAGUGCGGCCUCUGCCCCAAGGCUUUCGCCUGCAAGCAGCGCCUCCUGCAGCACUGCUGCGCCUUGCCUCCGGCGCCUCCCUCCGAAACCAAGGAUGUGGAACUAGAAGCAAAUGGGGGCAGAGGCUAUUUUAUUUUUGGAGGCUUCCUUGGUCAUGAAGAUGUGGAUAUUUUGGAGGCUCGUCGUCGUGAAGAUGUGGAUAUUAGAUCAAGAGAGGAAUUGGGCCCCGUUUGUCUUGGACUCUGUUUUGGCUUCCCCAGCCAGAUCCUGGGCACGUCUGCCCAGAAACCCAAGUUUGAUAAGUGGAAGUUUGAUAAGUGGAACGGCUUGCCUCCAGAACUUGCGGAUGCUCCAUUGCCGGAGGUUUUCAAGAAUAGACUGGACCUCCAUUUGUCGUGA